GCCAGCAACAACGCGGCUUAGCAACAAUUCAUCUACACUCACGCCGUGUUUGCGGGCUGCAGUACUUAAGAUGCGUUUCUUCGUUUCGCUCGUGUGGGUGGCGGUGGUGUGCACAGCUGAGUCAAGUAUACCAAGAUCAUCAGAUGUUCAGCGUCUCGGGAAACUGCUGGCGGACCUGCUGACAGAAAUUCGGGAUGCGUUCGGAUGCCAUACAGUAACAAGAUGCCCCCCUAAUUUCCAUGACGCUGACGGAACCUGCCUCUACCUCGACAAAACUCGGCAUAGCUCCUGGGUCGCCGCACGCCACGUUUGCUUUAAUUUGGGAGGAGACUUGGCCGUGUUUCCCGAUGCUAAUGCUUUCGCCUCCGCUCUACGGUACAUAAAUGGCGUAGUGACCAAGGGCGCAGACGAGGUCCCUUACAUCUACGUAGGAGGCUCGGACGAAGAAGAAGAAGGGGUGUGGAGGUGGCGCUCGGGGGAGCCCAUGCCCGUCGGCGCUCCCUUCUGGGGCUCCUCCAAAAUGCCGGGAAAAUCCAAACAGCCAGACGGGGAACGACUUCAAAACUGCGCAGCGCUUAACAAAGGAGACCAGUAUUACAUGCACGAUGGUGAAUGUGACUUGCUCGCCUCGGCACUCUGUCAGAUUUAGGAAUGAUGAGAAGCAGAUGAUUCGUGUGUGUGGGAAAGAUGUCACGUGAAUGUAGUUGGUUUUGGGCUAUGGCGCAGUGUGUAUUUUUCUUUGACUUCUGGGCUGCUUUAUCUUUUUCGUUUUUUGUGGGGGAGGGUUUCCGAUCGGAAAUCUUAACCUCUAUGAUAUUGGGUAAGUUGUAUCACUGUACUACAAUAUAUAUUGUUCAUUUCAAAUCACGCGGCAGAAGUAGAUGGCGCUGAUGUUACUGUGUGUUACUUAGAAGUUUCUGAUUUUUAUGCAAAUAUAUUUUGUCUUUUU